AUGAACACAGUAGGAGGUACUUAGAGUUAAAUGUUGUCUUCCUAUUUUAAUGUAGCAAGACCCAACGAAUCACCAAGGUUGAAAACGAAUUCAGUAGGUGAUAGUAAAAAAGUUGAGAGCAGCAACAGCAUUAUAGGUCGUAGAAUAGAUUAUAAUAUGAAUGAUAACGUGUUUGACAACAGACAUUCCACUAAUAUUAAGAAAUUUCCACUUGUUAUAGAGACUGCAGAAAAGAGAAUAAACCGCUAGAAUUAGAACAAAUAUUAUGCUGGAUCAGUGAAAAAUUAAAUGGCAACAUCUCUUUUGGAUGAAGGCAACUAAUUUUAGUCAUUUUCACAAAAGAUUUAUAUAGUAGAUAGCACUCCUUCCAGCACGAUAAGAAAAUCUAGAAUGAAUACAUAGUAAGCUGAAUCCGCCUACCAAACAACUCAAAGAUAUUAGCACUAGGCAGGUUUGUAUUAGAAUGAUACUAACUAAAAUAGUUAGACAAAUUUUAGAAAUAAUGAAAACAACAUAAAUUCUAACAAUUUAAAAGAAUUCGCUAGUCCUUCUUCCAAUAAGCAAAAGAAUGGGCAUGCAUAGACAUCCUCUUAACUAAAUAGUUCAACCAAGCCACUUUCAGCUUCAAAUAGUUAGCACUUAAAAAAUAUAAAUCAAAUCUAAAACACUCCAAAGCAUACUUUAAAUACUCAUUCCCAAACCCUUUCCCACAGCAAGAAGAGUACAAAAAAGAAAAUAAUACUCACCAAGAAAUCUAUGAAUGAUGAGAAUAAGAGGAAAUAGGAAAAAGACAUUUCUGAUUAGAAUGAAUAUUAGCUUAAUGCAAUUAGAAAGAAAAGUACAGAAAACUCUCACUCUCCUAAUAAUAAAAAGGGAUUAACAAAGAAGAAAGUCAAAUAAGGAAAUUUUAACUCUCAUUCUUAAGAUUAAAACUCCACUCUUCAAAAGAGCUAAUAAGGAUAAGGUUAAUAUCUAAAUUCUUAGCUUUAAUCAUAGGAUUAUCACAAUAAUGAAUAGAAUAUCUAAUUAUAAAAUUCUUAAUCAGUUUAAAAGCUGAAUUAGCUUUAAAAUAGCUAAAAGGGAGGAGGAUAAUCCUCUAAGAAUACAUAAAGAAGUAGCCACUCUCCUAUUGAUUCACCUAAGCAUUAAAAAUCCAAAUAGCUAUCAUAAACAGUUGGAAAUGGAUCCUUGUCUAAUUUGAAGAAGAGAAACACAAACAGCCAACUUUCAAAACGUAGAGAUUCUGAGGCUUUUAAAGAAUAAAGCAGUGUCAAGGAAAACACUGAGCAUCAAGAAGAAAAGAAGAAGGAAAGAAUGGAAAAGAUUAAAUAAUUGGUAGACGAAAACAUUAAAAAAGCUUUGCAAGAAAAACAAAGAAAAUUAGAAGAAAAAAAAUGUGAAGAUGAACUCAAAAAAUAAAAAUAAUCACAAAUGCUUGCUAAGAAUUAAAACAUUAGAAUGACAAAUGCUUCCAGAUUCUCUAGAAAUAAAAUGAGUUCAAAUGACUUAAGCAGGAGACUUCCCUGGGGUAUUAAUUAAGAAAAGCUUCGUAAUUAUGCAAUUUAGGUUCUUAUUCAAUACAGAAAUCAAGAAUAAAGAAGUUAGUCUGAUAAUAUUAAAUACGAUGACUCAUAAAGGAGAAAGCAAAUAGGUCUAGAUAAUUUAACAGAAGAAGAGAUUCAAAGACUUGUUUAAAUGAAUUAAAAGAAAAUGAAAGAAAGUCAAUAGGAAGAGGACUUCUCACUUUAUCAAUAAUAUUUACAAUUGUAAAGAAAAGAAUAAAUAUGUCUGAAAUCAGUUGAAGUUCAAAACUACAUGUAAAUUAAAAAAUAAAAAAUUGAAAAAGAAGAGUAUCUUAAGAAGUAGCAAAAGUUAAUUGAAGAGUAGCAUAAAAGGGAUAAGAAGCUUAGUUUAGAAGAAAGUAUUAAAAGUAUCUUUAAGAGAAUGAAGAAGGCUAAAAGAUCUAGCCAAUCCAAGCACAAAAAUUAAUAAAAUCAACUUUAGCUUUAAUUGCAAUAAAAUUCUUUGAUGAAUUAGUAGCAUUAGGCAAGUCUUAACAGACAAUCUAGUUCUUAAAAUAUAUAGAUGAAUUCUAAGUUCCAAUCACCUUCAACAAAGACCUAAGAAUUUUAGUAAUAUUAACUGAAAACCGAGCUUAACACUCACAACAAUGAAUCAGAUUCCAAUCUCAAAUCGAGAUAAAUUAAAACUGAAGAAUAAUCUAUUUAUAAUCAUAACAAUAACUAACCUUUUAACAAAAAUUUAUACAUUCCACAAUAAUACAUCAACAAUCCUUUACAAUAAGCAUUGUUUGCUUAGCAAUAUUCUACUUAGAUGUCCUAAUAAAACCCAUACACUUAUCAAGAUUAGUCAACACCUGAGGAAGAUGACUACAGCGCUCUCUACGAAGAGUUUAAGCAGCUCAUUACCGGACAAGAUGAGCACUACUUCAAUUCUCCUCAAUAGUUUUCAUAAUCAUUAAACAAUCAAAAAAAUCCUUCUUUCUACAGAACAGGAGCAUCAUCAUAAAAAAAUCUCAAUACUUAGCCUUCAGCAACUGCUUCCAAAAUCUUGAAUAAGAAGAAGAAAACUCCUUCUAAAUCUGGAAAGAAGAAACAAAAGAAGACUUCAGAUAGCAGUGGAAAAAAGAAAAAGAAACAAAAAUUAAGCUAAUAAUAAGAAAGCGAUAUCCAUACUGUUAACGAAAUUAAUGGCUCUGAUUUAACUUAGACUUCUAAAGUGAUUCUUAAAUAAAAAUACGAUGACUUGGCUAAGAGAUACAACUAAAUAAAAUUAAAUACAAGCAAGAAUGACUCUACUACAAACAAUAAUUUAACAAAAACAAAUAAAUAAUUGCUGAUGAAUGGAGAAAUAGAGGAGAAAAUUGAAAGCGAAGAUUUUGAAUCAUCUAGAAAAGAAUAUGAAAAUAAUCACUUGCAUUAAGUUCAUUAGCCUCAUAUGCAAUUUUAAUUUGAUUAAUAGGUAAAUGGUGGAGCUAAUCUUCCUUAUGACUAAGCUAUUGGAAUGAUGAUUGAUCCAUUUGGCAACAAUUAAACUGAGUUAAAUUAAACUGAAAAUAGCAGAUUAACUUAAUAGAGAAAUGAUAAUAUAAUUGAUCAGUAUGUCGAUUCUCCUUAAAAGGGAUUUGCAGAAUCUAUAACUGGAAAGUAAAUUAAUUAAUAAGAGUAAUCUAGCGGUUCUGUUAUUAUUAAGGAUAGUGAUAUUAAGCCUGAUUAGAUGCUUGAAAACAACUUGCUUAAAUCAAAUGAAGCUUUUUAUAAACAACUUGAAAUGUAGCAUAAAUAAUUUGAUUAAGAUGAUAGCUAUCACUAAAAUUCUUAAUAAAAAAGAUUAUCUGAUGGAUUGCCUUAAGAAAACUCUUAGAGUUAGCAAUUUUAACAAUAACAAGUCUCCUCGUUGGUUUAGCAAUAAUAUUAAAGAAAUGAAACCACUAAAGAAUAUGACAGCUUGAAAGUUAAUGAAAAUGAGAAUUAGCAUGACAAUAUGUUUACUCUUAAUAAUUAACAGACUGAAUUAAGCUUUAACGUUCCAGAAGAUGAGUUAGAGUAGCAUAAUUAGAUGAUACAAAAAUAGAAAAGCAACUAGUAAUAAUAAAUGUAUGAAGAUGAACAGAAUCAAGACUUUGAGGAACCUGAGAUGAAUGAGUAAUAACUAGAAAUGCUUGCUACAGAAAUCUUCAACAAUGCUGCUACUUAUAUCUAAAAAAUAUGGAGAGGCUUUUUCACUCGUAAGAUUCUUACAUACUAUUUAGAGAUUCUAGAAAACGGAGAGGUCGACGAAAAUGGCAACUUCCGUGAUCCUAACUAAAUGAUGGAAGAAGAAUACCAAGACGAAGAGUAUGUUGAGGAAGUCAAUGAGGAAGAAUAUAAUAAAUACAUGAUGAUGAUGCAAUAACAACAAUAAUAAUAAGAGUUACAGAAUCAAAUAAAUAACUACCCAGAUCAGGUACAACAACAGCAACAACAUUCUCCUCAAUCAGGUAGAUCAAUCAAAGUGAAAGCUUAAAGUUUAGAAGCUUAAAAGUAGCCUCAAUCUAUUAGCAACUAGAUCGAAUAACCACCAGUCUAAGUUAAACAAAUUGCUCAACCUGAUAAUAUAAAAAACCUUAAUUAAAAUUAGCAAGCAGAAAAUUAAAAUAAGCAAUAUUAAGCUAAGGAAGACACUUUGAAUAAAUAAUGGUUUAUGAAACAAGAAAAGGAAGACCUUUUGUAACACGAUAACCUCGCAGAAGACGAAGAUGAAUAAUUUGAUUUCCAAGGAGAUCAAGAGAAUAACGAAAAGUUUGUACACAUUUCAACAAUAAAAAGUUCAGUCAUCAGCAACGAUGAAGCUUAAUUCUAAAAAAUAGACACUAUCUUAAAUUCUUAAACUCAACUCCAAAAUCAAGACCAAAGCGAAUCAGGUGGUAAAUAUUUGAACUAAAGCAAGUCUGAAAAGAAAGGAUAAAUUUAACCAAUUAACACGGAGGAAGAUUAUGAGAAUAUGGAUUAAGAAGAAUUCGAUUAAUUUUAAGCUUAAUAAUAAUUUGAAUAUUUAAUGAAUGUGAUGUCUGAGGAAGAUUUAGAAAACUGGAAUACUGUUCAGUAGAAAAUAAACGCUUUGACAUCAUCUAAUGCUCCUAACUAAAGAGACUUAAUUAUUUAGAUUCUUUAAGAACUCACUCCACUCAAUAGGGACAGAUUGCUACUCUGCAUAGACGACAAUGAAGAUGAUAGCCAAAAUUUCUCUAUUGAGCAAAUAGAAGCUGUAUUUAGAAACUUCCCUCAACCAUAAUACGACCCUAUGGAAUAAAAGGACCUAAAUUAUCAUGAUUAAUUUGAAGAAGAGAAUACUCACUAUUUAUAAUAACAACAAGAGGAAGAAGAUCAAUAAUAGCUAGAAUAGGAUGUAUAACAACAGCAAUAAAUAUAAUAACUAUAAUAAGUAUAAUAAUAAUAAUAAUAAUAAUAACAACAAGAAUAACAACUACAAUAAUCACCAUAAUAGUAAGCAAUAUAAAACCCUUAGCAAGAGUAAACAAAAAAAAACAUUAAAAAUAGCAAUUAGUUAUAAAUUGAUAUCUAAGUAAUUGAAGAAGAAGAAUAAAAGAAAUAAAAUCAGGUAAUUUCUGAAAACUAAAAAAAGACAACAGUCAAUAAUAAUAACGAAAGUAAUUCAUAUAAAAAUUAAGAGGAGAACAAAAACUAAUAAGUUGAUACUCCCAACGCAAACAACAAUUUGAAUAUCAACAUUACUGAUGACUACCAAACAAAAACUCCUUUAAAUUUGACCAAAAGUGUUGAAAGACCAUCAGCAGGAUCAAAGAAUAACUCAGGUAAAAGAGAAAAAUCUCACUCUUUUAAUUCUGAAGCUCAGUCAGAAAGAUCAUUUAAUUAAAUGAGAAGAUCUAAACAAUUCCACUCACCAAAAGAUUAAAGACUUGGGUUAAGAAAUACAUUGUCAGUAUAAAGUGAUGAGAAUAAAAGUUUAGAAGCAGUUUCUCCUAAAGAAGAAGAAUUAAAUAAGCUCUAUACAUAUGCUCUUUUGUUGCAAGAAUAAAUCUAGGAAAAAAAAGAUAAAAUUAAUUCUAAGAAUCUUAGCUCAAAGGGUAGUAGUCGUAAAGGAUCUUCUAGAAAUAUUAACAAGGAGCUAUAGUAAGAAAUGAAAAAUGAAUACUUCGAAUCUUCCUAAGGACACCCUCAUUCUAAUAAUAAUGAUAAAAUAAACAACAAUAGCACCAGUUCUAUUUUUGACAAAGAUUCUUUUAAAGAAUUUACUGAAAAAAAGCUAAAACAAAUCAUGAGCGAAGACAACAUAGAUGAAAUUCUAAAACUAAGAGAAUAAGCUUUGGAAAUGAGACACAAAUCAUAGAUGCAUGCAAUGAACUAAAUGCUUAGUGAGAACCACGUCUCUCCUAGAACUUAUGACAAUAAGAAGAUUGAACUUGAGACUUGGGUCAAGAAGGAGAAGGAAGAAAUUCAUUAAACUCGUAAAGCUCUGGAGAGAGGAUUGCUAAAGGCUAUGGAGAGCAUCAAAAAAACAUAGAGAGACAUCCAAUUAGCUUAAAGAUUCAAAAGCAAUCCAACAAAAUUCGACUCCAGAAGCAGCUUUGCUUCUGAGGAGGAACAUCUUUUCAGGAGGAAGUUUGAGUAAGAAGGUGCUUCAAAUAGAUCAGAUUCUGACACCUACAGUGAUAAUCUUUCUAGUUGCUAAGCUUUGAAGUGUUUCUUAAAGGAAGUUGCUACACCAACAAGCAAGAAUAAUAUUAAAAUCAUUGAUAAAUUUGAAGUUAAAGAAAAAGCUGAAGGAGAAAACGAAGAAUCUAAGUCAGCACAAGAUAAAAAAUCUAAAAAGAGCUAAAUCUCUAAAAAAUACAAUAAGAGAUAUGCAGAUGGUGAUAAUGAUGAUAACGAAGAGGAUGAUAACAAUAAUGAAGAUGAUGAGUACGUUAGCACUGAAGGAGCUGUUGAUAAAGAUAAAAAAUUGCAUUACAAAGAUGUUUCUCCAAGCUAAGCAAAAUAAACCGAGUCUCAAGGAGAAACUCCUCAUAAGAAAUCUCCUUCUUCUCAUAAAGAAGUUUUGCCUGGUUAAGGAGUUAAAUUGGUUCUUGAUUAUAAUGAUCUUGAAAGUUCCCAUAAUAACACAAAUGGCGAGUCUUAAAAUUUAAAAAUACCUACUCUCAGUAGCUCUAAUGAGUCAUUAGGACAUUAGUAAUAAAAUUUCGAUCGUUUAAUUAACGAAAAAAUUGUAUUCCCUAAAAGGGAUGGAAGCCAAAGUGCUAAAUGUUUGAAAACCUCUCCCAGAUUCGAAGAUGCUUCAUUCCCUUUCUCUCCUCUUUCUGAUACUUCAAAAGAGCACCACCAAUUUUAAUCAGCAGGAGCUGCAUUAAAAGAAGACUAAAUAUCUUCAGAAGAUCAAACUAAAGGCUCACCUUCUAAAAAAUCACCAAGAGAUGCAACUAGCUCAGUAAAAGAGUCCAACAGCGAAGGUGAUGAAAUGGAUGAGCUCAGAUUCAAUGAAGACAGUGAAAAGCAUACUGCCUUACAACAAUUUUAUUCCCCAACAGCAGAGUUCAUGGAACGCAAUGAAAUGUUAGCAGAAAUGCAAGAUAGAUGGAGAACAUUUAAUUAAAUAGAUUCUAGAAUACAGGAACAACUUUAAAAGUUAUUUGCUUAAGAUAAAAGUGAUAGCUUUGGUAUACCCACUAAUUUAAAAAUAAUAACUGAUUACAUUGAUAGACUUUUCAGUUAUGUUACAGAGAGAUAUAUGGAUGAUUUCCUAGACAACUUGAACACUCCAUUUGGUUUUGCUCCCUCUAAGCGUCUAAAGCUGAUUCAUGGUUAUGAUUCAUUUGUUGAUAGCUCUUGCUCUGACGAAGGAAAUAACAAUAAUAUGGAUGACUAUAACACACUUCCCUUCGUACUCAGUGAAGAGCUCUUCAUUGAAUUUGAACAAAAUAUUAUUGGAAAUGGAGAAACAGAGAAAGAACAGAUUAUUAAGGAAUUCGAGCACAUUCACAACAAAGCCAUUUUCGAUACAUUUAAUGAAGCUUUAAAUAUUUUCAGACCUUAUUAUACUUUGGGUGGACCUCCUUACUCAUGGACUAAGUCUGAGAAAAAUCUCAUCUUAGGAAAAGCCACAUCCAAAAACUUAAAUUUCAUCUUAGAAAAAUCAAAAGCAAGAGUUCUGGAAUGGGGCUCUUACUUAUGUGGUCUUGUUAACGAAGAUGAGGUGCAAAAAUACAUCCCAUUAGAAGACGAAAAAGGAAAUCCUCCACCUCUAAGUGUACUUCUAGAAAAUUUAACUCCCCAAAACGAAUACCUAGCUCAAGUAAGAGAAGAGAGACUAUCUAAAAUGCUAUUGACAGAGAUUUUUGAAAACGAAUACAAGUGGUAAUUAUAUGAAGACGAAAAAGCAGAAGUAGUCAUGGAACUUGCUGAUUUAGUUUUUGAGGAGCUAGUUGAAGAAAUUGUUAAUAAUAUGAUCUAAAAAUGA